CCACACACACCCACAAUUAGAUUGAUUGUGAAAAGAGACACCUAGAUCUAGCUAGUCUAGCCGUCAAGUUGCUUAGCACUAUAGCCAUGAAAUCACCAACAUUUAAACUGCUCCUAAUAGUGUUAUGGACUUGCACAGUGAACACCAAUCACGUCAAUGGUCAGUGCCCAAUACUUUCCGAUCCUGCCAAUGGCCGUGUUAUACAGCAGAGAGACUUGGCUACUUACAUCUGCAAUAUUGGGUUUACCCCAGAUGGUGAUGUGGAGAGGAGGUGUGAGGGGACUAGGUGGAGUGGGACUGCUCCAGAAUGCAAUUCAGUGAUUCUGAAUCAAUGUGAAAGUCUGGACCCACCCACAAAUGGACGUCUCUCUUUUAUUCCCGACACCUUCCCAACCUAUAACGCUGGGACAGUGGUCACAUACAUGUGCAAUGAAGGAUGGUACGUAAGUGGACCACGGACCAGGGAGUGUCAGUCCAAUGGUUUAUGGGAUGGAUCUCCCACCAAUUGUCUUCCUCUCCAGUGUUCCGGUCUGUCUGUUCCUGCCAAUGGUCUCAUCACGUAUACUACUGAAACCAUAGCUCCAUUCUCAUAUGGAACAUCUGCCUCGUACAGCUGUGACCCUGGGUUUGCUCUAGUAGGUAACAUGGUGAGGACUUGUGAGGGAGAUGACAGCCUCUCAGCUGGAAUAUGGAGUGGCAUUGCCGUCACCUGUGUGGCAAUCACCUGUUCUGCCCUAAGCUUGAUAGCAGAUGGCAGAAUAUCAUACAACCAGAGAGGGGCCCCAUUUCCGUUUGGCACCAGUGCGACCUACUUCUGUAAUGUGGGAUUCACUCUUAAGGGAGAUUCUAAUAGAGAGUGUGGGAGGUCGGGAGUUUGGAGUGGAUCUGAUCCUAUGUGCAUAGCUUCAACCUGCUCCAGUUUGGCUUCUCUUCUCAAUGGUGACAUCGCUUAUGCCCCUGACACCACUGCCCCAUUUGACCCUGAAACUACUGCCACCUACCGGUGCAAUAAUGGGUUUGGCCUUAGUGGUGGAGAUAGAGUCAGGACGUGCUCUAGUGCUCCUCUGGGGGUUGGAGUCUGGUCUGGAAUAGCCCUGACUUGUGAUGCACUGACAUGUUCUCGUCUCUCUACUCUGGAAAAUGGCAGAAUUUUGUUCACUCCUGAUAUCUUUCCUUAUACCAACUACAACACUGUGGCCACUUACACUUGUAACCCUGGGUUUGGGCUCACUGGAGGAGACCCGACCAGGACUUGUGGGGGAGAUGACUCCAGCAUCAGUGGGAUGUGGAGUGGAAUUGCCCCUGUCUGCAAUUCCAUCACUUGCAUAGCUCUAAACUCAAUCGAUAAUGGAAUGAUCAGCUACAGUCCAGACAUUACUGCUCCGUUUGACUUGGGAACAGCUGCUGUAUACACAUGCAACACUAGGUUCUUUCUUGAGGGUAACAUGAUGAGAUCGUGUGGUGGGAGUGAGGCCAGUAUUGUUGGAGCCUGGGAUGGAACUGAUCCGCGCUGUUCAGCCAUCACUUGUUCGAGAUUGACUGAUCCCUCUAAUGGAGUCAUCACCUACACCACUGACACUACUGCUCCGUUUAACUACCAAACUACUGCCACCUAUAGCUGUGACAAUGGUUUUAGACUGUCUGCUGUUGGAAACACUAUUAGAAAUUGUGUUGGGUCAACUGCUGGUCCUGGAGAAUGGAGUGGAGCUGCUCCUUUUUGUGAAGCUGUGAUAUGUGAUCCCCUAUCCAACCCGACCAAUGGACUCAUCACAUACUCUCCUGACACCACACCCCCAUAUGAGUUCGAGACCAUGGCAAGCUAUCGCUGUAACGAAGGAUUUGGGCUGACAGUUGGAGACACAACAAGGAUUUGUGUCAACUCAGCAACUGUCAGUGAACAGUGGAGUGGGAUAGAACCUGAAUGUUCUGCUGUGUUUUGCACUCAACUUCUUAAUGUUGCCAAUGGAGCUAUCACAUACAGUACCGGUCUUGCCAUCUCAUUUGAGUAUGGUUCUACUGCUACCAUCACGUGCAAUGAAGGUUUUUUCCUGGAAGGAAAUAGUGAGAGGGUGUGUCAGGGAAAUGGGAUAGGCAUGGUGGGCAAUUGGAGUGGAUCACAGGCAGCAUGCUCAGCCAUCAUGUGUCCCUCCCUGCUAACCCCUGCUAACGGUGGUAUCAGCUACACUAGCGGUAGCUUAGGAUAUCUUACCAUGGCCACAUAUAUGUGUGACAUUGGUUACCGUCUAGUGGGAGACCGAUCAAGGACUUGUGUCGCCCAUACUUCAGGUGGUGGAGAGUGGACUGGACCUGAACCAACUUGCACAGAUCUCCUGUGCUCUGGUCUGUCCAUUCCUGCAAAUGGUUUCAUCAUGUAUACUACUGACACCACCGCUCCAUUCUCAUACGGAACGUCUGCCUCUUAUAGUUGUGACCCUGGAUUUGCUGUAGUAGGUAACAUGGUGAGGACUUGUGAGGGAGAUGACAGCCUCUCAGCUGGAUUGUGGAGUGGUAGCAAUGUCACUUGUGUGGCAAUCACCUGUUCUACGCUAAACUUCAUAGCUAAUGGUGUUAUAUCGUACAACCAAAGAGGGAUCCCACACCCCUUUGGUACCAGUGCAGUCUACUCGUGCAAUGAGGGGUUUUACCUUCAGGGACACUCUAGUAGAGAGUGUGGGGGUUCCAGUGUGUCAGGAAUUUGGAGUGGAUCUGCUCCUGUGUGCAUAGCUUCAACCUGCUCCAGUUUGACUGCUCCUCCCAAUAGUGAAAUUGCUUAUGCCCCUGACACCACUGCCCCAUUUGACUUUGAGACUGCUGCCACCUACCGGUGUAGUAAUGGGUUUGGUCUGAGUGGUGGAGAUAGAGUCAGGACAUGUUUGAGUGGUACUCUGGAGGGCGGAGUCUGGUCAGGAGUCAGCGCGACUUGUGAUAUGAUCAUUUGUCCUGCUCUGGCUGACGUGAGCAACAGUGAACUGUCGUAUGCUAUUCCUGACUCCUCUGGUGAGGUAGUGUAUAGCACAGUGGCCUCAUUCGUGUGUCUGGAUGGCUAUUACUUGGUUGGAAGUCAAACUAGAACAUGCACUGGGAAUGGGUUAACCAUAACUGGAACGUGGACUGGAAGCAAUCCAACUUGUGAAGCAAUUAAAUGUUCCAGUUUAACUGCUCCCACUAAUGGAGUCAUCACCUACUCAACUGACACUACUGCUCCAUUUGAUUUUGGUACCACAGCCACUUAUGUGUGUGACCUUGAAUUUGGGCUGUCCAGUGAAAACCGAGAAAGAAACUGUGGUGGAUCUAAUCGACUGGGAGAGUGGAGUGGAACUUCACCAACUUGUGAAACAAUCCAGUGCACCGAUCUUCCCCUUGUUCCCAAUGGAAUUAUCGACUAUGGACCCGACAACACUGUGGCUCAAUACUCUUGUGAUACUGGGUACUACUUGCAAGGCAAUGAUGCACGAUCAUGCGGUGGCAAUGGACUGAGUACAGUAGGAGUAUGGAGUGGUAGGGAUCCCAGCUGCCUAGCUGUUACUUGCCCAACGUUACCCAUUCCCAUUAACGGGCUCAUCAGUUUCUCUUUGGACACAAGUCCUCCCUACGAUUUCCAAACUGAUGCGAAUUACCAUUGCCGCACUGGAUAUGCACUGUCCGGUGGAGACAGAGUUAGAUCCUGUGUUGGUUCUAGUACAGGGCCUGGAGAAUGGAGUGGAGUUGCUUCAAUUUGUGGUGCGUUAACGUGCUCUGGUCUCUCUGUCCCUCAAAAUGGAAGAAUAUUUUUCACUCCCGACACCACCUCUCCUUACGACUACAAUAGUGUGGCAACCUACGCCUGUAACCCUGGGUUUGGGCUCACUGGAGGAGACCCGACCAGGACUUGUGGGGGAGAUGACUCCAGCACCAGUGGGGUGUGGAGUGGAACUGCUCCUGUCUGCAAUCCCAUCACUUGCAUACCUCUAAACUCAAUCGAUAAUGGAAUGAUCAGUUACAGUGGUCCAGACAUCACUGCUCCGUUUGACUUGGGAACAGCUGCUGUAUACACAUGCAACACUGGGUUCUUUCUUGAGGGUAACAUGAUGAGAUCGUGUGGUGGGAGUGAGGCCAGUAUUGUUGGAGCCUGGGAUGGAACCAAUCCACGCUGUUCAGCCAUCACUUGUUCAAUAUUGACUGAUCCUUCUAAUGGAGUCAUCACCUACACCACUGACACCACUGCUCCGUUUGACUACCAAACCACUGCCACCUACUCCUGUGACGCUGGCUUUAGACUGUCAAUUGGUUACACUGCUAGAAGUUGUGUUGGGUCAACUAAUGGUCCUGGAAUAUGGAGUGGAACUGCUCCAACUUGUGAAGUUUUGAUGUGCUCUCCCCUGCCUGAGCCGACCAAUGGUGCCAUUCGUUACGUCACAUCAGAAUCUGACUCCCCUCCCUAUGAGCUGGGCACUAUAGCUGAAUACACAUGUGACAUUGGCUAUGGGUUCCCAGUCAGUGGAGUAGUACCAGUGUCGGCCAUCUGUCAGAGUGAUGCUCAGAGUCUCAAUGGAGAGUGGAUCGGUGCUCAGUUAACUUGCUCACCAAUUCAGUGUAACGAGACUGACCUGCUUAUCAGUAAUGCAACUACAACCAUAUCUCCAGACAGCACUCCCCCAUAUGGCUACAAUAGUGUAGCAAUGUUCACCUGCAAUGAAGGCUAUUUUCUGUUUGGUGAUAUGAGUAGAACCUGCUUGGGAGAUGGAGUUACAGAUGGUGGUUUAUGGAGUGGAAGAAUGCCACUCUGUGAACUUGUGACGUGUCAGAGUUUGUCAAGUCCGAGCAAUGGCCAGAUUGACUACCAAGGUGACACUGCAGUUCCGUUUGACUACCAAACCACUGUCACAUACUCUUGUAAUAAUGGCUAUGGACUGUUUGGUGGAGAUAGAGUGAGAACAUGUGUCAGCUCAAGUGCAGGUCCUGGAGAAUGGAAUGGAAUUGCUCCAACUUGUGAAGGUGUUGUUUGCACUGCACUAACUGCUCCGGAUAAUUUUGGAAGAGUUUCCUACUCUCCGGACACGAGUGAACCAUAUAAUGUUAGGACCGUGGCCACUUACUCUUGCAAUACCAACUUUGGGUAUGGGCUCACUGGAUCUAGUACUAGAACUUGUGUGGAUGGAGAUAGACUGACCAUUGCGGGAGUGUGGAAUGGAGUCUCUCCAAGCUGCGACUAUAUUGUAUGCCCUGAUCUCCCUGAACUAACCAACGGAGUAAUUACAUUCCAGUAUCCUGCUCUAGCGACCUCCCUAGUUUUCGAAACACAAGCAUUCCACUCUUGUAACAAUGGUUACUAUCUCCAAGGAUCUGCUAUCAGAAACUGCACCAGUGACGGGGCAACUAGUGUUGGGGUCUGGGAUAGAAACGAGCCAAGCUGUCUAGAUAUCACUUGUACAAGCUUGACUGUACCAACUAACGGGUUCAUAACAUACGUAUCUGACACAACAUCUCCUUUUGACUAUCAAACCACUGCCACCUACGGUUGUGAUGCUGGCUUUGAACUGUCUGGUGGAGACAGAGUGAGAAAUUGUAUUGGCUCCAGUUUAGGUCCUGGAGAAUGGAGAGGAAUUGCUUCCAUUUGUGAAGGUGUCAUGUGCACCUCUUUGCCUGAUCCUGAUAAUGGCGAGAUCCAAUAUUCUCCCGAUACUACUGCUCCUUUUGAUUAUGAGACUAUAGCAACUUACAGCUGCAAUGAUGGGUUUGGAUCAGUGGGAGUAACUGAGAGACUCUGUGGAGGAGAUGACCCUAAUGCCGGGGAAUGGUCUGGUAAUGGAGCCACCUGUGACGAUGUGACCUGCUCGUCACUGAGUGCAAUCAACAAUGGACUAAUAGUGUACAGCAGUGCAGGGAGUCCAUACGCGUAUGGAACAACAGCCACUUACUUGUGCAAUGAAGGGUUAUUCUUGGAGGGCAAUGCAAUGAGAACUUGUGGGGGAGAUGUUACAAUCGGAUCUUGGGAUGGCACAAAUCCAGUUUGUUCAGGCAUCUUGUGUCCAACUCUACCCCCACUGGCAAACGGCACAAUAGAAUACAGUGAAUCAGCGACUUCACUGGGAUUCAUGGCCACUGCCACCUACAACUGUAACACAGGUUAUGCACUGUCUGGUGGAGACAGUGUGAGUACUUGUGGUGCCUCAAGCUCAGGUGCUGGGGAAUGGACUGGAAUCCCUCCAACCUGUGAACUGAUUAUGUGCUCAGCAUUACCAUCCGUUACUAAUGGAGAGAUUUUCUACUCCACUGACGUUAUUGCACCUCACGACUAUGGCACUGAUGCUACAACUGUGUGUAACCCUGGUUAUGGGUUAAGGGUAGGAGGAACGAGGUCCUGCUUUGGAGACGGGUCCAGUACCACUGGAUACUGGCUUGGAACGCCUUCAUUAUGUGAUCCUAUCAAAUGUUCUCAACUGGAUCCAAUAUCAAAUGGGAUGAUCUCGUAUAAUCCAGACAGUGUUGUUGGUUCCUAUGACCUGGCUACGAUUGCUACACACUCCUGCAAUGAAGGGUUCUAUCUAUCUGGAGCCAUUACUAGAGAGUGUACAGGAGACAUUUCCUCUUCAUUUGGAAGCUGGAAUGGGAGGAGUGCACCAACUUGCGUCGCUAUUGAAUGCCCCAGACUGACAGCUCCAACUAACGGAUUUGUUGACUACACUCCAACCUCUGACACUUUCCCAUUCGACUACCUCGCCACGGGUACAUUCCAAUGCAGAUUUGGAUACCGACUGGCUGGUGGGGAUACUGUCAGGACUUGUGUCGGUUCCAGUUUUGGACCUGGAGAAUGGACUGGAACAGAUCCUAUCUGUGAAGCGCUAAUGUGUCCGCAAUUGUCCAACCUUACCAACGGCCUGGUGAGUUUCUCCACAUUAGAGAUGGACUUCCCUCCGUUUGAGCUGGGUACAACAGCCACCUACAUGUGUAACUCUGGUUAUGGCCUAACUCCCAGUGGGGUGGACCCCAUUAGGCUGUGUGAGAGCGAUGAUGACAGUCUCAAUGGAGUGUGGACUGGACAGGAACUCUUCUGUUCAGCUGUCCUGUGUGAUGCACUGAGUCCACCAGGCAAUGCAAUCUUGAUCUAUGGACCUGACACUGCUGAACCGUAUGAUUUCGGCACUGUUGCUACACAUCAGUGCAUUGAUGGGUUUGAUCUGGUGGGAGAUGGAAUGAGAACAUGUGUCAGUGAUAGAUCUGGCACCAUUACUGGCAUAUGGAACAACUCUGCACCUGUAUGCUCUCCUAUCGUCUGCACUGCUCUGUCUGUUCCUGAUAAUGGACUUAUUUCAUACUCUCCUGACACCACCCCUCCCUUUGAUUACCUCACCACUGCCACCUAUGACUGCAAUACUGGGUUUGCACUCUCUGGUAGCAUUCCUCGUACCCUGGCUGUCUGUGAAGAUUUGAAUGGCGGAGAGUGGGUUGGAGGCAGAAAUACCUGUGAACCUAUCAUGUGCAGUGGUCUUCCAACUCCUAUUAAUGGAGUACUCAUCUACAACACCGACACCACCCUACCGUAUGAUUUUGGGACUGUGGCCACUUAUCAGUGCAACUUGGGCUAUGGUCUGAUUGUUGCUACUAAUACCAGAGCUUGUAAUGGUGACAGCUCGUCAACUGUUGGAGUCUGGGAUGGAGUGGAUCCUGGCUGCGACCGCAUCACGUGCUCCGUUCUACCUUUAAUCAGCAAUGGAGGGAUUUCUUACAGUACCGAGACCACUGCUCCAUAUGACUUCACCACGACUGCCACUUACUCCUGCAAUGACGGCUUCUUCCUUCAAGGCUCUGACCGUAGGGAGUGCACAGGAGAUUCAGCUGAUACUGUUGGCGAAUGGAGUGGCAGUGCACCAGUUUGCUCUGCCAUAACAUGCUCAAGCCUAACUCCACCCAUUAAUGGAAUGAUCACUUAUGCGUCUGAUACUACUGCUCCAUUUGACUACCAAACCACUGCCACCUACUCCUGUGAUAGUGGAUUGGGAUUGACUAGUGGAGACGUUGUGAGGAGUUGUGUUUUUUCCCGAACUAGCUCAAUAGGUGGAGACUGGAGUGGAACUGCUCCAACCUGUGAAGCUAUCACAUGUUCGCCGCUUACCUCUAUUGUAAAUGGACGCAUCAACUACUUCACGGACACAACUCCUCCACUUGAUUUCAAUACUGUGGCUUCUCAUUUGUGCGAUACUGGGUAUGGGAUAGAAGGAGAUGUAGACCGGAUUUGUAGUGGUGAUGGCUCCAGUCCUGUAGGAGUGUGGUCCAGCACUGCUACGACUUGUGGUGUUGUCAUGUGUCCCACACUUGAUACUCUCGACAAUGGUGUCAUCACUAUCAUCCCUCCUCCCGGUACCACUACCAGUGACUAUGGCUCGUUGGCCAAUCAUGCUUGUAUCACUGGCUACUAUCUCAGUGGGAAUCAGCAAAGGAAUUGCAUUGGAGGAGGAUCCAAUGGUGUGGUGGGAAUCUGGGAUGGAGCCCCGCCCUCCUGCGAACUGAUAGAGUGCUCCCAGCUAAAUGCUCCAGACAAUGGAUUCACAACAUUCUCUCUGGGUACUGCUGCACCAUAUAGCUUCACCACUACUGUCACCUACGGCUGUGUUAGUGGUUUUGGACUGUCUGGUGGAAACAGAAUGCGAACAUGUGUCAGCUCAAAUGCAGGUCCUGGAGAAUGGAGUGGAACUGCUCCAACUUGUGAAGUUCUAAUUUGCACUUCUCUGCCUACUCCUGAUAAUGGAAGAAUCAUCUACUCUAUUGACUCUACUUCACUGUAUGAGUUUGGCACUGUGGCCACCUAUGUUUGUGACUCUGGAUUUGGGCUGAGUGGGGGUGUGAUCAGUAGUACGUGUGGUGGAGAUGACUCAGAUCCAGUAGGAACUUGGAGUGGAACUGCUCCAUCUUGCCUUUCUAUCACCUGUACGUCACUGAGUUCCAUCAGCAAUGGAGUUCUUGUGUACGGUCCUGAUAGCACUAAUCCAUUCAACUUUGGAACUAUUGCCUCGUACACCUGUGAUGAUGGAUUCUACUUAACUAGUGGUAGUGACGUCAGAACUUGUGGUGGUGAUGGUCUAAACACAAUUGGAUCCUGGAAUGGAGCUGCUCCUGUUUGCCUAGCUAUUACUUGCACCAGUCUAAGUGCUCCUUCCAAUGGUGACAUUGUGUUUGCUACUGACACAACUGAACCAUUCAACUACCAAACCACAGCUGCGUAUAGUUGCAACACAGGAUAUAAACUUUUAUUAACAGUUGGAGACAGAGUGAGAAUUUGUGUAGGCUCAAAUGCAGGUCCUGGAGAAUGGAUUGGAGCAGCUCCGACUUGUGAAGUUAUCACAUGCUCUGGUCUGGCUCCUCCUACUAAUGGCGUAAUCAGUUUCACCAACCCCAUCGCCCCACAUGUUUUCGGCACAGUUGCCAACUACACUUGCAAUGUCGGAUAUGGAUUAGUCGGGAAUGUGGAGAGGAGUUGUGGCGGACUCAUUGGAGAGUGGGACGGAAGCAAUCCUACAUGUGUUGCCAUCACCUGCACAUCUCUGAGCCCCAUCAGCAAUGGGAUGAUCAGCUAUAGUCGUGGCAUCACUAACCCUUUUGACUUUGGUACUAUUGCUACUUUUGUGUGUGACGAUGGAUUCUUCCUGGAUGGAUCAAUGACCAGUACUUGUGGUGGAACUGCAUCUGUUGGCUUAUGGGAUGAGUCUAGUCCAAUCUGCUCAGCUAUUUUGUGUCCAAGUUUGUUGAACCUUAUCAAUGGAUUCAUCGAAUUUUCUGAGAGUACAGCAGAUUUGUUUAAUUACCAAACUGCUGCCACUUAUGUGUGUGACACUGGUUUUGGAUUGUCUGGUGGAGACAGAGUGAGGACAUGUAUUGGCUCGCUCGGUGGGCCUGGAGAAUGGAGUGGAACUGCCCCAAUUUGUGAAGGUGUUGUUUGUACUGCACUAUCUGUUCCGGAUAAUUUUGGACGAGUUUCUUACUCUCCGGACACGAGUAAACCAUAUGAUGUUGGGACUGUGGCCACUUACUCUUGCAAUACCAACUUUGGGUAUGGGCUCACUGGAUCAAGUACUAGAACUUGUGUGGAUGGAGAUGGGUUAACAAAUGUUGGAAUGUGGAAUGAAGACGCUCCAACUUGUGACUAUAUUUUAUGCCCUAAUCUCCUUGGACUUGCAAAUGGAGCAAUCACAUUCCAGUAUCCUGCUUUGGCCACCACCCCCAUUUUUGGAACACAAAUCUUUCACUCUUGUAAUGAUGGUUAUUACCUUCAAGGAUCUGCUAUCAGAAACUGCAUCGGUGACGGGGCAACUAGUGUUGGGGUCUGGGAUAGAAACGAGCCAAGUUGUAUAGAGGUUAUUUGUCCCAGUUUGGCAAUCCCAACCGAUGGAUUCAUUACCUACACUCCUGACACCACUUCUCCAUUUAGCUCUCAAACUGCUGCCACCUACGGCUGUGAUACUGGUUAUGGAUUGUCCGGUGGAGACAGAAUGAGAACUUGUUUCGGCUCUAGCUCAGGUCCUGGAGAAUGGAAUGGAACAGCUCCAAUUUGUGAAGCAACUACAUGUGCUGACCUUGUGGACAUUGACAAUGGCUAUGUGGCCUACGCUUCUGGAGCAGCCACUUCGCGACCAUUUGGAGAUGUGGCGUCUUACAUUUGUGAUACUGGCUACUCACCUAGUCACACCAUAUCAAGGGUGUGUGGUGGUGAUGGACUGAGUCCUGCUGGGGUGUGGAGCGGAACUGUGGCCACGUGCACUAUUAUUCAGUGCCCUGUGCUGGACUCCAUUAGCAACGGAGAUGUCACUAUCACCCCAGCAGCUGGUUCUUCCAGCUCAUUGGACUAUGGAGCAGUUGCAAGGCACUCCUGUAUGAAUGGGUAUUAUUUGGAUGGUAAUGUAAUUAGAACAUGUACUGGAGAUGGAACUACAAUGCUUGGAUUAUGGGACGGAUCGGAACCUAGAUGUCGAGCAAUCGAGUGUCCUGUCCUGGCUUCCCCAGCCAAUGGUUUCAUAUCAUUUGAUCUCGAUAUAACCGCUCCAUAUAGUUUCCUUACUACGGUCACUUAUGGCUGCAAUACUGGCUUUGGGCUUACUGGUGGGGACAGAACCAGACAGUGUAGUAGCUCCUCUGCAGGUCCUGGAGUGUGGAUUGGAACCGCUCCUAUCUGUCAAGCUAUCAAUUGUGUCUCACUACCAUCACUAAGAAAUGGGAUGAUUGUUUACAGUCCUGACCUUAGUGAACCAUUUAGUUACGGAACAUUGGCCACAUUCUCUUGUAAUGAUGGCUUCCAGCUGGAUGGCAGCAAUCUCAGAACUUGUGCAGGAGAUGAUUCUGUGACUAUAGGAUCAUGGGGUGACCCUUCUCCUGCUUGUGUUCCCGUCUUCUGCUCACUGCUGCCUGAUCUUGCUAAUGGAGCCAUCACCUAUGGAUCAGACACUACUGCUCCGUUUGAUUACCUCACCACGGCUACUUACAGCUGUGACUCAGGGUAUGGACUAGGUGUGGCUCCGAUGGGUUUCAUGAGGACAUGUGGCACAAUAGGAGAAUGGACUGGGUCUGAUGUGACCUGCGACUUUGUCAUGUGUUCUGAUCUCCCUGCUCUUGACAAUGGACGUAUUGUCUACUCGACUGGCGUCACCUCACCAUAUGACUUCAGCACUGUGGCCACCUAUGUCUGUGACACUGGGUUUGGGCUAACUGGAGCUAGCACUAGAACUUGUGAGGAUGGAAAUGGACUGACAAAUGCUGGAGUCUGGAAUGGAGUUGCUCCAUUUUGUGAAUAUAUCACCUGUUCUGCUUUGGCCUUGGUUAACAAUGGAGUGAUAACAUACGACCAAGCUGGUUCUGUUGCGUUCUCAUUUGGAACAUCUGCCACCCACACUUGCUCUGAAGGUGUCUUCUUGGAAGGAAAUGCAGUGAGAAUAUGUUCUGGUGAUGGACUAAGUGUGACUGGAUUGUGGGAUGGCAUCGCUCCUAUUUGCUUAGACCACAGGUGUUUUGCUGUUCUUCCCAACCCAAUGAAUGGAUUCAUAACAUUUACUGAGGAUACCACUUCCCUUGGGUUCAUGGCCACAGCCACCUAUGGUUGUGACAUGGGGUUCGGACUAUUAGGUGGAGACAGAGUGAGAACUUGUGGCAGUUCGAGCUCUAGUCCUGGAGAAUGGAGUGGAACUUCCCCAGUUUGUGAAGCUGUUGUGUGUUCUGAUAUCCCUGCUCCUGACAAUGGACGUAUUACCUACUCCACUGACACCACCUCACCUUACGACUUUGGUACUGUGGCUACGUAUGUGUGUAACACUAGGUUUGGACUAGUUGGAGUUGGUAGCAGGUCGUGUGGUGGUGAUGAUACCAGUCUUGUUGGAAGUUGGAGUGAGACUGGUUCAACCUGCGAAGCCAUCACUUGUCCAUCUUUGAGCCCCCCGGGGAGUGCUCAGAUGAUCAGGUACAGUCCUGACACAACUGCUCCAUUUUCUCAUGGAACCACUGCGUCAUUCUUCUGCGCUGAUGGAUCCUAUUUGGAUGGAGUACAAACUAGAUUAUGCAGUGGAGAUGGGACUAGUACUAGUGGAUUGUGGAGUGGAAUGAUGCCAACUUGCCGAGAUAUUACUUGUUCGAGCUUACUUGUUCUAGCCAAUGGAAUCAUCACUUACACAACUGACACCACUGCUCCGUUUGAUGAUCAAACAACUGCUACCUACAGUUGUAACUUUGGGUUUAGACUGUCUACAGUUGGUAACAAUGUUAGAACUUGUGUUGGAACAAAUGCUGGUCCUGGAGAAUGGACUGGAGCUGCUCCGUUUUGUGAACCUCUCACAUGUUCUUCAUUAACGACACCCGACAAUGGAGUGAUCAUGUACAGUACAAUCAGUGCAACAACGUUUGAGUUGAGCACCACUGCCUCUUACUCCUGCAACACUGGGUAUGGACUUAGUGGGUCACAAGUCACCAGAACUUGUGAAGCUGAUGCUAUCAGUCUAUCUGCUUCGUGGAGUGGAGAAGCACUAUCCUGCUCAGCCAUUACCUGUUCGACACUAAAUUCAAUUAGUAAUGGAGGAAUCGUGUACGUCAGUGACACCACUGAUCCAUUUGACUUCAACACUGAUGCCAUUUAUUCCUGUGAAAUCGGCUACUACCUUGUGGGCAAUGGUGUGAGGAUGUGUGGUGGAGAUGGUUUCGGUCUUCAAGGAGCAUGGAGUGGAAGUGCUCCAUCUUGUGAACCUAUCACUUGUACCAGCUUGAUUGCUCCGGACAAUGGAUUCAUCACGUAUGCACCUGACACCAGUGAACCAUUUGAGUUUCGAACCACAGCCAGGUAUGGUUGUAACAAUGGCUUUGGACUGUCUCGUGGAGAUACUGUGAUAACUUGUGGAGCUGCCAAUCAGGGAGGGGAGCAGUGGAGUGGAACUACUCCAACUUGUGAACCUGUCAUGUGUUGUGAUCUCCCUACUCCUGACAAUGGACGUAUUGUCUACUCCACUGACGUCACCUCACCUUACGACUUUAGCACUGUGGCCACCUAUGUAUGUGACACUGGGUUUGGACUGAGAGGAGGUGACAACACAAGGUCUUGUGGGGGUGGUGGACCUACCACAAGUGGGUCAUGGACUGGGAGAGCUCCCACUUGUGAAGUGAUUUCCUGUACCAGCUUGAACCCUAUAAGCAAUGGGAUGAUAGCUUACAGCCCUGACUACCUUGAUUUUGGUACAACAGCCACUUACACAUGUCUUGAGGGCUAUUUCCUCGAGGGAACCUCGACUAGGACUUGCAUCGGAGAUGGCUCUGGCAUUAGCGGCAAUUGGAAUGGUGUGGCUCCUGUCUGCUCAGAAAUUGUUUGCACCAACCUACCCUCACUGACUAAUGGAGUCGUAACUUUUGCCACUGACAUCACUUCUCCAUUCGAGUAUCAAACCACUGCUACCUAUAGCUGUGAUACUGGUUAUGGACUAUUCGGUGGAGACAGAAUGAGAACUUGUGUCGGCUCCAGUUCAGGUCCUGGAGAAUGGAGUGGAACAGUUCCAACUUGUGAAGCCAUCACUUGUAUGGAUCUUUCUGCUCCUACUAAUGGGCGCAUUGACUACUCUCCUGAAAUCACUUCACCCUAUGGAUUUGGAACGACUGCCAUGUAUGUCUGUGACAGUGGAUUUGGAGUGAGUGUUCUGGAACCAAAAAUUUGCAGUGGUGAUGAUUCUAGUGCCAUUGGAGUUUGGAGUGGAACCACACCAACUUGCACUGUAAUAAUUUGUGAAUUCCUGAGGCCUAUCAACAAUGGGUCGCUAUCCUACAGUACACCUGCUCCCUACGAGUUUAACACAAUGGUAAUUUACUCAUGCGAUGAGGGAUUCUUUCUGGAGGGAGAUAUGACAAGAAUGUGCAUGGGAGAUGGGCGGAGUGUGACUGGAUCAUGGAGUGAAGGAACACCAGUAUGCUCUGGAGAUAGCUGUCCAAUGCUACAAUCACCCACCAAUGGAUUCAUUACAUUCACUGAGAGCUCAGCCAGUGCCUCUACACAAUUCAAGACUACUGCCACAUACGGUUGUGAGCCCGGGUUUGGAGUGGCUAGUGGUGACGUUUCUAGGACCUGCCAAGAUCGAGAGUCGGCUACACCUGGAAUUAGAGAAUGGAGCGGUACAGAUGUAACAUGUGAAGCGAUUGUAUGCUCCGAUCUUCUUGCUCCUGACAAUGGACGUGUUUCCUACUCUACCGGCACAACUGUACCAUAUGACUUUGGGACCGCAGCUACUUACACAUGCAACUCUGGGUUUGGGCUAGUCGGAGGAACAGCUCGAUCCUGCAAUGGUAACAGUUCAACAGUUGACGGUGCCUGGACAGGAACUGUACCAACUUGUGAAGCUAUUCUGUGUACAUCACUCGCACCAGACAUAAAUGGAGUCAUCAUAUUCGCUCCUGAUAACACCGAACCAUUCGACUUUCAAACUACUGCCACCUACGGCUGCAAUGAAGGUUUCUUCUUAUUGGGAAAUGCCAAUUAUGACACACGAUGGUGUGAUGGAGAUGGUUUAAGUACUAGCGGAGUGUGGAACAGUACAGCACCCUCUUGCUCAGGCGUGGAAUGCAGAAGCUUGACUGUACCAACUAAUGGAGUCAUCACCUACACUGCUGAUACCACUUCUCCGUUCGACUACCAAACCACUGCUUCCUACUCUUGUGACGCUGGCUUUGGACUAUCUGGUGGAGAUAGAGUGAGAACUUGUGUCAGGUCUAGUUUGGGUCCUGGAGAAUGGAGUGGAAUUGCUCCAACUUGUGAAGCCCUUAUGUGUUCUUAUCUCCCUGCUCCUGACAACGGAGGUAUUGUCUACUCUACUGGCAUAACGACAUUAUAUGACUUUGGGACCACUGCUACUUAUAUGUGCGAUACUGGAUUCGGUAUUAGCGGAGAUAACGUGCUGAGGACUUGCAGAGGUAGUGGUUUGUCUCCCAAUGGUACAUGGACUGGGACAGCUCCACGCUGUGAUGCUGUGACCUGCCCUCCACUGAACUCCAUCAGAUAUGGCAGCAUUGCGUACAGCCCAGACUCUGCUCAGCGCUUCACCUUUGACACUGUUGCUGCUCAUUCAUGUAAUGAGGGCUACUAUCUGGUUGGGAGAAGUAUAAGAACUUGUGUGGGAGAUGGUUCUACUAUUCUUGGGCAAUGGAGUGGCGUGCCCCCGAUGUGCACAGAAAUUGUCUGCUCUGAGCUGCCAAGACCUUCAAGUGGAAUUAUUUUGUAUGCUACCGACACUACUGAGUCGUUCGACUACCGAACUGCAGCGACUUAUGUUUGUAACAGUGGCUAUGGAUUAUCUGGUGGAGAUAGAGUGAGAAUGUGUGUUGGGUCUAGUCAAGGUCCUGGUGAAUGGAGAGGAACUGCUCCAUCUUGUCAUGCUAUCAUGUGCUCUGCGCUAACGGUUCCAAGCAAUGGAGCAAUUCACUUCACCACUGACAUGGUUGCUCCAUACGAGUUUGAGACUGAGGCCACUUACUCUUGUGAUUUGGGGUACGAUGUGGUGCAGGGAAAUGAGACCAGAACAUGUGAUGGUGACGGCUCCACUGCUGUGGGAAGGUGGAGUGGACAGACACCAUCAUGCGAAACUGUGAUGUGUGCUAGCCUACCUCCUCCUACUAAUGGACAGAUAUUGUACUUCAAUGACUCCACCGCACCCUAUGACCACGGCACUGUGGCCAACUACAUCUGCAACACUGGGUUUGGUAUUGCAGGCGGUGAUGUGAAUAGAGUGUGUAGUGAUGACGACAAGAAUACCAUAGGAGAGUGGACCAGAACUACACCCACCUGUGAAUCUAUCACAUGCGAUGAUCUCCCUGCCCCUGACAACGGACAAAUAUCCUUCUCCAUCUAUAGUACAUCACGACAUGACUUUGGCACUGUGGCCACUUAUAGUUGUGAGCCUGGGUUUGGGCUCAGUGGAGGAGAUAUGAGCAGAACAUGUGGUGGAGUGGGGUCAGUCACACAGGGAACAUGGAACGGAGCAGCAAUUACCUGUGAACCUAUUAUUUGUUCAUCACUGCCAAUAAUCAACAAUGGAGUAAUCAGAUACAGUCCUGAUACUACUGGUGCAUUUAACUAUGCUACAGUUGCUACUUAUAUCUGCAAUGAAGGAUUCUUCCUAGACGGAGUGGAGAACAGGACUUGUUAUGGAGAUGUCUCCAGUACAGCUGGUAGAUGGACUGACACUGCCCCUGUUUGCUCAGGUAUUUUGUGUCCCACCCUACAAAGUCCCGAUAAUGGAUUCAUCACGUUUACUGAGGGGUCCACUAGCUUAGUCCAGCUCAUAACUAAUGCCACCUAUGGAUGUAAUGCUGGCUUUGGACUGUCUGGUGGAGACAGGGUGAGGACUUGUGUUGGCUCCAAUUCAGGUCCUGGGUUGUGGAGUGGAACUGAUCUAACUUGUGAAGCUCUUAUGUGCUCGAAUCUCAAUGUUCCUGACAAUGAGGUAAUCAUUUACUCUACUGACACCACCUCACCAUACGACUUCGGUACUGUGGCUACGUAUGUUUGUGAUACUGGAUUUGGACUGAUUGGGGAAGAGGCUACUCAAACAUGUGAUGGUGAUGACUCCAGUCCCAAUGGAGUGUGGAGUGGGCGAUCUCCAAUGUGUGAUGUUGUGACUUGCCCCAUUCUGGAUGAGAUGGAUGAUGGAGUCAUCGUCUACAGUAGUGUUGCCACAUCCACUCUAAUGUUUGGCACAAUUGCCACCCAUUCCUGCAAUAAUGGGUUCUAUCUCUAUGGGAACGAUACUCGUAUGUGUAGUGAGAACGGAACCAGUAUAUUUGGCGUAUGGGACACAGCUGCUCCUAUAUGUAUAGAAAUUGUAUGUCUUGAUUUGACUGUACCAACCAAUGGAAUCAUCACCUACACCACUGACACUAUGGCUCCAUUUGAUUACCAAACAACUGCCACCUACACCUGUGAUGUUGGUUUUGGACUGUUGGGGGGUGAUCUACUCAGAAUUUGUGUUGGUUCUAGCUCAGGUCCUGGAGAAUGGAGCGGAACUGCUCCAACUUGUGAAGCUCUUACAUGUCGUGGUAUCUCUACUCCCGACAAUGGAAGAAUUGUGUACUCAACUGCCGUGAGCCUAUUCUAUGAUUAUAAAACUUCUGCUACCUACUUCUGUGAUGUCGGAUUUGGCAUUAGUGAAGGGUCUAUAAUCAGAACUUGUGGUGGUGAUGGUUCAACUCCCAAUGGAAUAUGGACCGGGGCUGACGCAAUGUGUGGAGAAAUCUUCUGUCUAAUGCUGCCUCCGCUCGUGAGUGGACAGAUUGAAUACAGUCCAGACAUGAAUGAGCCGCUUGAGUUCAACUCUAGAGCUUCUCAUGUUUGUGAAGAAGGCUACUUUCUGGAGGGUAACCAAGUUAGAAGCUGCUUUGGGGAUGGAUUGAGCACCGUUGGGAACUGGGACGGCGAGACACCGAUAUGCAUAGCUAUCACAUGCCCCAUAAUCACGGCCCUGACCAAUGGAGCAACAGUCUACGAUCCAAACACCAUAGAGCCAUUUGCAUAUGGCACCACAGCCAUCCACAGCUGUCAAAGAGGUUUCUUCCUGAGAGGUAACAUGACUAGGAUCUGCAGUGAUGGUGGCUCAUCACCAGCUGGAGUGUGGGAUGGAACUCAAGCCUCUUGUGAAGUAAUUGAAUGUGAUGAAGAAUUGUCUGCUCCUUUGGACGCCUUCAUCACCUUCUCCUCAGUCUUCACACUCCCUCCAUUCAGUUAUCAGGCCAAUGCCACCUACAGCUGUGAAGUGGGAUUCAGAUUGUCUAGUGGAAACAGAGUGAGGACAUGUAUUGGCUCAACAGAAGGGCCUGGAGAAUGGAGUGGAACUGCUCCAACUUGUGAAGCAAUUCAAUGUGCUGCUCUUAGGGAAGUCACGAAAGGAGAUAUAGAGUACAGUGCUAACACAACCUCGUCCUUUGCCUAUGGCACUGUUGCUACCUACUCUUGCCGUGAGGGAUUUUCUCGAGAAGGUGUUAGGAGGAGAGUGUGUCGUGAAAGUGAAGACAGUGAGAAUGGACAGUGGGAAGGCACAGACCCUGUCUGCUCUCCUAUCUACUGCACUUCCCUAAGUCGGAUUGAGAAUGUCUUAACGCUGUACAGUCCAGACAAAACAGAGCCGUAUGACUACGGAACAGUGGCCACUCAUUACUGUAACGAUGGGUUCUACUUAAUGGGAGAAGGGACGCAGUAUUGCAGUGACAACUCGACUGGUGUGAUAGGUGACUGGAAUGGCUCUUAUCCUGUGUGUGCAGGUAUAAUCUGCUCGAGUCUGUCUGCUCCAAACAACGGUUCGGUCACUUUCAUCUCCAACGCCACUUCUUCUUCAUUCAGUUACCUCACUAACGCCAUCUACAGCUGUGCAGCUGGACUAGGACUGACAGGAGGGGAUCCAGUUAGAGUUUGUGGAGGGAAUGUCAGCACUGGGUGGGCUGGAGCUGCCCCUGCUUGUGAAGCCAUAAUGUGUCAUAAUCUGACGGCUCCUAUGUUUGGAUUCGUCAACUUCUCUACUGAUCAAACAGCUCCACAUGAACUAGGCACCAAUGCUACCUACACCUGUAUAGGGGGCUAUCGGUUGAAUGUUCCCGAUGACUUCGAUGACUCCUUUUAUAUCAGAAUUUGCGAGGGAAACUACUCUAGCUCGAUGGGCAGAUGGAGUGGAUUUGUACCAACCUGUAUAAACAUUUUCCCUGACAUUGUCUACCAUGCUCGUGACUGGUUGGUUCUAGUCUACACUGUCCUUGGGCUUGUUCUGCUCCUGUUGAUCUGUUCCAUCAUCAUCAUUGCAAGCUACACUGUGGGGAGGAAACACCAUCAGAAGAGUGUAUCAAUAACACAACCGUAUGCUGAAGAUAUUUUGUAUGACAACCCGUUAUACGCUAGUGCACCAUUGCACCAUCUUGAGCCAGAGUCCAGCAUAGAAAAACCACCACUGGAUGAUGAUGAGAAUCUUCCGUACGACAAUCCAACAUACAUGAGUACACAUUUUGAACCCAAGAAACCACCACUGGACGACAAUGAGAAUCUUCCAUACAACAACCCAACAUACAUGAGUACACCGUUACACCAUUUUGAGCCUGAGAGGCCACCACUAGAUUAUAAUGAAGAUGUUUACUCAACGCCAAAGAAAGAAACGAUAGACUGCUCGCUGCCGGAUGAUAGAGACCCACAUUAUGAAACUAUUCAGCCUGCAGCUGGUGACGAUGAAAGCCAUUAUGAAACUAUGCUAUAGUAUUAUAAUUUAUUAUGUGAGUCUAUACAGUGCAUGUGUAAUAUGUUUUGUACGCUUAUAGCAGCUUCAUCAUGACAUGUGCAUGAUGGAAAGUUCAUUAACGUAACUUAAUUUUGCCUACGUAUACAUGUAUUGAAUUUAUUAUAAGGACCUAAAA